AUGGCUAUCGUUCUAUGCUCGCAACUACCAACAUCUCGACUGAUUUCUUACGGGGUGUUUUCCAUCGUACUUUCUUGUUUGGCCUUAUGGAGGUAUCGACAUUAUCAUUCCUAUGAAGCCGAGGAAAGUGCUCUUUUGAGGGAGGUGAAAAACUUGUCCACUCUUGAACGCGUUAUGCAGGACAACUGCAUUGUUGUGGCAGCGUUUAAUUUGGUGUUUUGCCUUCUUAUAUCUCUGGUGAAGGGGUUGCAGUACUUUUUCUUUGGGCCCCUUGUUGGCUCGGAACCCCAAUUCAUACGCGAGAGGUUGAUGCAGUUUGCUUUGUCAAGGUCGGUCUUUUUAAUUGGUGUCAUCAAUGCAACGAAGUGGAGCAGUUUGCUAGGUUGGACUUUGUGGUUCGGUUGCCUUAGUUGUUUGUAUGGUUUUACUCGUUUGGCGCGUCCUCGAUGUGAACAGCUCAUUGCCAAAAACAACAUUACGCGAUGGCAAUGGCUACGCUUUGGUAGUAUGCUAAUUGUUUUGAAUUGUGGAACCCUGGCUCUCCUCUCGCUAGGUCUCAAAUUCUGCUGUUAUUUGUCGGAUGUUACUCCAGAAGCUAAUGUAUUCGGUGAAUUGAGUUCCCGGUUUUCCAAAGAGGUUAUGCUCGAGGGUCCUGAUGCAUUCGAUUAUGCAGACGAGACUUCCGCUGAUUUCUAUCAAAUUAUCCACGUGUUGGUAUUUAUGUUUUCUGAUUCAAUUCUUGUCCUGGCUCUCCUGCUAAGGAUUGAGCUUAUAAUUGUCGUCAGUUUAUUGGAUGGGUUUACGUGGCUACGCCAUAUGCCCUCCUUUGACAAAGCUCUGUGGCUCUACAACGUCAAUCUGGUGUUUGAUGUGCUCACUCUCACUCUUCAUUUUUCAAAUCAUGUACAUAUGUUGAUCUGGACGCGAAUGGCGUCUCUAACGAGCCCCAUUAUUUGUAUCCAGAUAUUCAUUAGCUAUGGCUGCCUGGCUCGACGGCUUCGUCGUCACUUCGCCUACCAAAAUCAUGUUAGAGCCGUUCGUCAAGAAUUUCCGCUGGAGCAUAUUGACCGGGAAAUGAUUGAUGUGGAUAAAAAUAGAAAUGAAGAACGGCUUUCGGAACCGGGAACCUGCGCUAUAUGUUGGGACCCCCUGUGGAAUUGGCGGAGGCUGCCCUGCAAUCACUGUUUUCAUGAAACCUGCUUGACUAUGUGGAUCGAGCAGGAUCUCAGUUGUCCCACUUGCAGGCAUCGUAUUCUGCCCCAAAUGUCCCAUCGCCAACGUAGAGCGCAACGGUCUAGUGUAAUCGGGGCAGUUAUGCGCGACCUUUUCAAUUUGUUUGACAGAGGCGAUACGGAGGCACCGCCUCAACAGGCUGCGGAGAAUCAGCAGGCUAUACGUAAUGUACUUGUGCGUCUAAGACAGCGUGGCGUAGCUCGCGCCACUGGUCCUUCGUUCGAUCUCAGCGUCCGCGUCACCUUGGGCUCUGGAAGGCAUCUGAUGCAGCGUGCGGCUCAACCAUCUGUGAAUGAAACCAUUCAAACGAAUCAUGAUGCAGCAGUUAACUACCAACACCAGAAUGACCAAGUCAUCCAGUCGACGACUCGCAGUCGUUUUUACCGCUUCGAUGGGUCAAACUACUUCCCGUGGUUGCCUGCCCUUGAUAUUGAAUUCUCCGAGACUGAACAGCAUGUGGCGCCCCUUCCAACGAAUCGGCCAAUGAAUGAAUCGCCAGCAGAGGUUGUUACUCAACAACACCAGCAUCAGAGACAGCGUGUAUCAACUACAUUUAUUUCACGGCUGCUUCCCUUUCGCACCACUGCUGCCGAUGGCGCGCACCACCGUCGCCAUCUGGUACGUGAUCUCUCAUCUAGCAUGCGCGCCCAGGCGGAGCAAAUCGCUGCGGCCUUUCCUGCCGUCCCACUGAGGGCGAUUCUGGCUGACCUUGCGGUGACUCGUGUGCCCGAGGCCACGGUUGAGAACAUUCUUGCGGGGCGCGUGGUAGGCACGGAGAGCGAUUCGCCUCUUGAGGAAUUUUCUCAGGAUGGCACCACUAUUAACAGUGCUUACGAGGAGCCGACGCCUGAGAACAUAGCUCCUUCCACCUCAAUUCAUCCACCCUGGGAGACUGAGGAAGUAUUCGCGAGAGCAGAACAGGAACCCUCCACCGGGGAACAACAGCCCUCAGGUUCCUCUUUAAUGGCUCAACGGAAGCAGCAGAUGUUCGCUCGAGCCCGUCAGCACUUCCUCAUGUUGCAGCAGCGUCGCAGGGCGUCGUAA